AUGCUCUCUCGCUACGAUUACCGGCGGCUAGGUCCCAAAGAAACAGUAAUUCAGGAAAUAUUGCAACGAAACCCCAUAACUCGAGGCGGAGCAAUGACACCCACCAAUGACAUCGUCAUCAGCAGCAUUGAUAAACAUGAGCGUUGGGUGAAACCACUAGAGAAGUAUUUGAGCAAGGUUACGUCGCAGUCCGUUCUCCGCCUUCGAGCUCCGGUAGAUCCAAGCAGCGUUGAAUUGUCGAGGUCAAGCGCCGUGAAGCGGCAGCUCCUUAACAUUAUAUUAGGAAAUGUGUGUUUCUAGAUAAACCUAUUGCAAGUUUGAGAAUUAGGAAAGGGAAUGAAUUUUGACUGAAACUAAUCCAUUAAUCUUUUUUUCACCACGAACGUGGGAUAUCGCAAUUUCAUGAGUUAUUAUGUUAAGGCAAUCAAUUGUAAAUAGGUUUAUAAAAAUAUAGGAAGCUGCAGGAAAGAGAUAUAAAGAGCACUUGGCUUGCAAUGUGUUGGCUUUUUUGAGUCUUAAAUUGGAUAUUAGGGUAAAUAGAAUUUGAAAAAUAUAGUUGUCAAAUUAUAGGGGUACUACCAACCUUCUAAAUUUCCAAUUGGGCUGUUAUAUUUCGACUACUAGUACGAGUAACUGGAAAACUCAUGAACAUUUGUCUCAGAAAUGACUACGCUCACGUACUGAAAGAAAAUAUUUGUAUAGUGAUGUAGUGUUUAGAAGAUUAUUUGGUUGGGUUGAAAAAAAUUGAAUGUGUUGGAGGUAUUCUUAUCCUAUGGUAUUGGUUCCAGGUGUGAUAAAUUUGCAUAUGAUUUGUUUUAUUAAUCUAUUCUUUUGUUUAAAACUAUACAUAUAUUUUGAAUUCAAUGAUAUCUUUGUAUAAAGGG